AUGCUCUCAAAACGAUCUAAUCGAUGGCCUUUGUUGAUGCCAGGUCGCGAGGACCGUGCUCAGAUGUGGUCAACGGGUGGCACGGCUUUUCACACAUCAUUCGACGAGCGCCCUUCAGCACAUGGAUCGCAUCUCUCCAUUUACAACUCAUGCACGAAUCUCGAUGAACAGGAAUUUCAAGUUAUUCGAACAAUUUUCUUG